UCCAAACUGAAUCUGAAAUGGGGAUACUCGAAGAAGCACACAAUUUGAAGAUCAUAGGGUCGGGCGAGCGGGUCAUUGUGUUGGCCCACGGAUUCGGAACCGAUCAAUCGGUGUGGAAGCACCUUGUUCCACACUUGAUCGACGAUUUCCGAAUCCUACUAUUUGAUAACAUGGGGGCCGGACCUACUAAUCCUGAUUUCUUCGAUUUCAGCCGCUACGCAACACUCGAUGGCUACGCUUUCGAUGUUUUGGCGAUACUCGAGGAACUUCGGAUCGGGUCAUGUAUAUUUGUGGGUCAUUCCGUUUCCGCCAUUAUAGGUGCUAUCGCUUCCGUCAGCCGCCCGGAUCUCUUCGAUAAGAUCAUCAUGAUCUCUGCCUCUCCCAGAUAUCUUAACGACCUGGAUUACUAUGGUGGGUUCGAGCAAGAAGAUCUAGACCAACUAUUCGAGGCAAUGAGGUCCAACUACGAGUCAUGGUGUUCAGGCUUUGCGCCAUUGGCAGUUGGUGGUGACAUGGAAUCUUUGGCGGUCCAAGAAUUCAGUCGCACCCUUUUCAACAUGAGGCCUGACAUAGCCCUUAGCAUCGCUCAAACCAUUUUCGGAAGUGAUUAUCGAAAUCUUCUUUCCCACAUAACUGUCCCUUGUCAUGUUAUUCAGAGCAUGAAGGAUCUUGCAGUACCCGUUGUGGUAUCUGAAUACAUUCAUCAGAAUUUGGGUGGGGAGUCGAUUGUUGAAGUCAUGUCGACCGAAGGCCAUCUCCCUCAAUUGAGUAGUCCAGAUGUUGUUGUUCCUGUAUUGCUUCGGCACAUUCGUCUUGACAUUGUUUUGUAGAUUGUGUUCAAAUAUUGAUCUAGUUUGAUUGUUGUUGAGUGAUUGUAAUUC